UGUGUCCAGAUGAAGAGGAUGAGAAAAAGCCCCAGAGAUCCAGUAAAAUGAGGGGCUGCAAACCCAGUCCAGGGAGCUGCGAGGAGGAAAGAUCCCCCCAGUUCCAGGAACACGGCCAGAGAUCCAGCCAGAGCUCAGAGCUGGGGGAGAAGCUCCACAAGUGCUUGGAAUGUGGGAAGGGCUUCAGCUACAGGUCUAGCCUGAUCCGGCACCAGGUGACCCACACUGGGGAAAAGCCCUACAAGUGUGGGAAAUGUGGGAAGAGCUUCAGAGAGAUCUCUCACCUGCUGACACACCAGGUGAUCCACACAGGGGAACGGCCCUACACCUGCUUGGAAUGUGGGAAGAGCUUUGGGUGGAGCUCCUACCUGAGGGCACACCAGCUCAUCCACACUGGGGAGAGGCCCUACGAGUGUCCCAAGUGUGGGAAGAGGUUUCACACCAGCUCCAAUGUCCUCCAACAUGAGCGGAUUCACACAGAGGAGAGGCCCUUCCGCUGCCCCGACUGCGGGAAGGGCUUCAACCGCAAUGGUAACCUCACCGUCCACCGGCGCAUCCACAGUGGGGAGAGGCCCUACGAGUGUCCCCAGUGUGGGAAGAGCUUCUCACAGAGCUCUCACUUGACCAAACACCAAAGGAGGCACCAUUAAGAGAAGCCCUGCGAGUGCCCCGAGUGCGGGAAGAGCUUCGUGCGCUGCUCCAGCUCCAUCCCCCAUGGGAGGAUCGGCGUUGGAUGAUCCCCAGUGACCCCCGUUGGGCAGAGCCCUGGUGAUCCGUGGUCCUGGUGAUCCGUGGUCCUGGUGAUGCGUGUUGGGAAGACACCUGGCUGGGAGGCUCCACAUCUUCCUGGCUCCCUGUGGACACCUGGAUGAAAGCAGGGGAAUGAAAAUCCAACAGGAUACAGAAUGACAAUGGGAAUUGUUGAUUUUCAGUCCUUCAGAACAUUUUGUGUCAGGAGCUGU